AUGGCAGCCGCUCCUCCGCGGUCUUCCUCGUCUUCGAUUACUUCCCGCUCGCUUCUUCCUGACAGGAACGUCACGGCUGACACCAUCGAGGACGCUUACGUACAGUUCGUGCUGCACUGCAAUCCCGCCGUGCCGGCCGAGACGGACACGGCGCAGCUGCGGGAGGCGUUCCGGGUGCCGCCCAAGAGCGGCGGGAAGAGCUUCAGCACUUUUACCCUCUUCCAGCUAAUCAGGCAGUUGGAGACUAAGGAGAUUAAGACAUGGGCCGAGUUGGCCCUGAAGUUGGGCGUUGAGCCUCCAGAUCAGGACAAGGGGCAGAGUUCGCAGAAGAUCCAGCAGUAUGCUGUCCGGCUAAAGCGCUGGAUGCAUUCCAUGCAUGUGGAUGCCUUCUUCGAGUACCUCAUGGACCAUCUGCAUCCAUACUGGACGGAGAUUCCUCCUGACCCGACUCCUGUAUGCGAGGCAGGAAGAGACGGGGUGUUGGCGGAGGAUGACAUGGCUCUCAGAGCCCUACUACCGCAAAUCAGACCGCGACGUGGAAGGAAACGUCCAGAUGACGACGACCUCGCCAAGUCUCCAUCGCAGAAGGCGAGAAUCGACUCGCCGCCGAUAGGGAAUGGCUUUCGCGGCGAUAAUCCUGGAUCAUGGUCCGCGCAUCCCGACAGCAGGGCCACAUUUGGCUGUUCUGACCCUCUCAAACUCAGUGCAAACAUGGCAUCGACUUCUGGGUGGCCCCAAGCUCCUGAUUUGGCGCAAACACCACUCUCGGCCUACCCGCAGGCGUCAAUGUCCGCGAUCACGCCUUCAACAAACCGCAAUGCGUUCUGGGGCGAUACUGAACCUAGGUCAGCUAUCACGCCGUCAAAACCCAAGGCUUCUCACCGACGGCACGGUGCCAAAGUUGUGUCUUCUGCAUGGCGGAGUGGUGGACCAGGAGCUUCUGGAAAGACCCGCGGCAGACCGCCUAUGAAUAAGUCGAGCACUGAAGGGCCAUUCGUAUCCUUCCCUGCGGAAGGGCCGGCUUACAAGAAGCCAAGUCCAGAGAACAAGGGCGUGCAGACACCGAUUACGCCCGAAGCCUCGAUAACACAGAGCACACCACCAGCCGUGCCGUCAGACUACCUCCCGCGUCCAUCUCAGGUGCCUCGGCCAGCGAAACCCAACAUCUCCUUGCAGGUCCCCAAACGACUCGGGGGUGCGGUUCGCCUCGCAACACCUCCUCCGCCUGUGGUAAUGGUAAACGGUGGUUUACCAGACGCAGGCGAUCUCUCAACUACGGCACCGCCGGUGGAGCUCCCGCCUGGCAACAACCCUCAACCGCCGUUACCGCCCGUCGACUUGGAGGCGCAACAAUCUGCUCCUGACAUACUGCCCGCAGUGAAAGGCAACGAGCCCCCACCGCAGCCGAACGAUAUCCCUAUCGGUAUGUUCGAGAACAUGGAGGACCGCACAAACAUCGAGGCGGUCCUCGGCUACUUUACCGAAGAAACGGCGAACGGCGAGUGGGUGAACGCGGACAAUGAUCCUAUCGAGGGUUGUAGCAUGGCCGAGGCGAACGCGCUCGUACACACGACAGUGGAGAGAAUGUGGCAGACGGCACCGAACCAAGACGCGUUCCUCAUCAACCUCGCCGCACUGGCGGGUGGACGCUCGCUCAUGACAACGAGCAAGUUGAAGGUCAAGCGAGAGGCGGAGUACGCCGACAGAGCUACGUACUCGUGCUCCUGGGAAUUCCGAAUGGGGAGCAUCCGUGGCAACUACAAUAUGGUGCAGACGGUUAUGUAUAAUCGGUGGAAGAAGACGCCUGAGGAGAAAGAGAGGGAUAAGCCCGAAGUGAAGGCGACGAUUGGAGGAGUCAAUGAGCCGGAAUCGGAGUGGGAGCAGAGGUACAGGGAUCUACUGGCAGUGUCCGAGAAGAGGGACAAGGAGCUGCAGGCGUUGAGAUCCGGUAUAUCAUCGGUGUUGGGCCAAACCUUCAAGGACGCCAAGCAGGUCGAGGAGAAGCAUGGCAAAAAGUCAUGA